UAACAACACCUAUUUUCCUACAUAUAGUAAAAAAUAAAACUGAAAAAAAAUAAGAAAUUUAAUGUAAUCGCAUCCAUAUUAAAAAUAUACAGAAGAAAGGAAAUGCUCGGAGGAGAUUAACAAAAAUGUAUAAAUAUCAAGAAGGCGAAGCAAUAGAGGAUGAAAAAUGAAGAAAAGUGUAUAGGCCUGUACUGUAGCCCUGAAAAUCUGGCACAUGCAAUGGAACAAUUCGUUAUUUGUUGCGAUUUUUACACAUGGAGAUGUUGGGGAGGGAUUGAUAUCGAAUUGUACGGAAGCCUGGUAGGAAGAAAUUAGGGAAAAAAAAGAAAGAAGGUUUUAUAGAUUUUGAAUUUGGGUUUUUAAGGAGGGUUAGGGUUUUUCGGGGCAUGAGAAAGUCGAACGUUGAUCUAUUCGAUCCGCGUACGGUCAUGGAUUCCGAUUUCUCUCCCGGUGGACUCUCUGCUUCCAGCUCCGAUUCCGAUUUCGCCUUCGCUUUCAACGACAGCAAUUUCUCCGAUCGGGUUUUGAGGAUUGAGAUUAUUCCCGAUUUGCCUGAGACCAAAUCAGACGGCGAAGGUGGUUGCACUAGCAUCGCUGAUUGGGCUCGUAACCGCAAGAGACGGAGAGAGGAGAUUAAGAGAGAGGGCGCUGUUGAUGUUCUCGUGCAUCGUGACGAGCAGAUUUUGCCAGAUACAGAGGAUGUUGUAGCUUAUGAAAACCAAGAUGAAGAACCUGUGGCAAUGGUUGAGGAAUCACCUGCAAGUGCUGGAAUCACUUUGAAUCUUCUUGAAAGUAAUAUAGGUGAGGAAGCUGCUCAUAGCAAGGAUUCAUCCUGGAGCAUGGACGGUUCAACAGUUCUAAAAGUUAAAACCAUGCAUAUCAGCUCACCAAUUUUGGCAGCAAAAAGUCCAUUUUUUUAUAAGUUGUUUUCAAAUGGGAUGAGGGAGUCAGAGCAGCGACAUGUAACUCUACGAAUCCAUGCUUCUGAAGAAGCAGCCCUUAUGGACCUUCUUAAUUUUAUGUAUAGUAAUACUUUAUCUACAAUGACACCUCCUGCUUUGUUGGAUGUGUUGAUGGCUGCUGACAAAUUUGAGGUUGCAUCAUGUAUGAGAUAUUGCAGCAGGCAAUUGCGGAACUCGCCUAUGACUUGCGAGUCUGCAUUGCUUUAUUUAGAUCUUCCUUCCAGUGUUCUUAUGGCUGAUGCAGUCCAGCCACUGACAGAUGCAGCCAAGCAGUUUCUUGCCACACGCUACAAAGAUGUAACCAAAUUCCAGGAUGAGGUGCUGAACCUGCCCCUUGCUGGCAUUGAGGCUGUACUGUCCAGUGAUGAUCUUCAGGUGGCUUCUGAGGAUGCUGUUUAUGAUUUUGUGCUGAAGUGGUCUCGAACCCAUUAUCCCAAGCUUGAAGAGCGACGAGAAGUCCUUGGCACACGCCUAGGUUCCCUAAUCCGUUUUCCAUACAUGAGCUGCAGAAAGCUUAAGAAGGUUUUAACUUGCAAUGACUUUGAACCGGAAUUUUCAUCAAAAGUUGUGCUUGAGGCUCUAUUUUUCAAGGCUGAGGCGCCUUAUCGGCAGCGCACUCUGGCUGCAGAGGAAGCUAAUUCCACUUAUCGUCGAUUUGUGGAACGGGCAUACAAAUACCGGCCAGUUAAAGUUGUGGAAUUUGAACUUCCCCGUCAACAGUGCAUCGUGUAUCUUGACCUGAAACAGGAAGAAUGUUUAAAUCUGUUUCCCUCCGGACGUGUGUACUCCCAGGCUUUCCACCUGGGUGGACAGGGGUUUUUCUUGUCAGCCCACUGCAACAUGGACCAACAAAGCUCAUUCCAUUGCUUUGGGUUAUUUUUGGGGAUGCAAGAGAAGGGAUCCGUCACAUUUGCAGUCGACUAUGAGUUUGCUGCGAGGUCAAAGCCUAGCGAGGAUUAUGUUAGCAAGUACAAAGGCAAUUAUACUUUCACAGGGGGAAAGGCUGUCGGAUACCGGAACUUGUUUGCUAUACCGUGGACACAAUUCAUGGCCGAGGACAGCCAGUAUUUUAUCAAUGGCACACUCCAUCUCAGGGCUGAGCUCACCAUCAGGCCCAGAGUGACAUUGGCCUCAGAGAUAGAGACUUGAUAACCAGUCACAUAUUGUAUUUUGGUUUUUGUUCCGCAAGAAAGGAAAAUCUAGGGCUGUUUGUAAAAAAUAAAAAAUAAAAAAUAAAAUUAAUAUUAUUUAGUUA